GGUCUCAGGUCCCUCUCUGUGCCCCCCAGGUGCGGGGGGCUCCGGCCAUCGCCCCUUGAGGGACCCCCAAAUCCAUUCUGGGGGGUCUCAGGUGCCGUUCUGUGCCCCUUCCCCAGGAUUUUGGGGGGUCUCGGGUGCCCCCCCGGGUUUUGGGGAUCCCCAAUCCAUUCUGGGGGGUCUCAGGUCCCUCUCUGUGCCCCCCAGGUGCGGGGGGCUCCGGCCAUCGCCCUGCUGGGCUGCCUCAGCCUGGCCGUGGAGCUGGCGGGGGGCGCGGGCCCCCAGGACGAUUUGGGGGCGCUGGAGGAGUUCGUGGGGCAGAAAUUGGGGUUCCUGCUCAGCGCCCGCCCCACGGCCGCCAACCUGGGCCGGGAGGCCGAGCGGCUGCGGGGGUGGGUCCGGAAAAAGGUGGAGACCCCCGGGGUGACCCCCCAGGAGCUGCGGGAGAGGUCCGUGGUGGUGGGCGCCGACCGCGUGGCGGCCAACGGCGACGUGGCCAACAAGAUCGGGACGUUCCAGCUGGCGCUGGCCGCGCGCCACCUGCGCGUCCCCUUCUACGUGGCCGCCCCCGGCAGCACCUGCGACCCCGCGCUGGCCUCGGGCGGCCUCAUCCCCAUCGAGGAGCGGCCGGGCAGCGAGCUCACCCAGCUCGGGGGCGUGCUCCUGGCUGAGCCCGGUGGGUGCCACGGCGGGGAGGGGGGCGGGAUAGGCCCUGCGGUGUCCCCAGCCGUGGUGGUGGGCGCCGACCGCGUGGCGGCCAACGGCGACGUGGCCAACAAGAUCGGGACGUUCCAGCUGGCGCUGGCCGCGCGCCACCUGCGCGUCCCCUUCUACGUGGCCGCCCCCGGCAGCACCUGCGACCCCGCGCUGGCCUCGGGCGGCCUCAUCCCCAUCGAGGAGCGGCCGGGCAGCGAGCUCACCCAGCUCGGGGGCGUGCUCCUGGCUGAGCCCGGUGGGUGCCACGGCGGGGAGGGGGGC